UACAAGUAGCAAAUAAUUGAUAUUGAGAAGCUCAUUUUGCUUUGAAAAUGAGUAAUUAUGGCCAAAAUCAGCCUUCUCAAGUUCUUGAUUAUCCGAUAGCUCAGGUAGAGGGUGGCACCGAUAGGGAUUAUGUGGCUCCACAUCCAGUUCCACCACCAGCUGUUGGUUCUCCGGUGAAAGAUGGCCAGAACCCUCCUCCUCAUGGAACUCAGUCCAGAGGUGAUGGGUUCUGGAGGGGAUGUUGUGCUGGCAUGUGUUGCUGUUGCCUCUUGGAUAUAUGCUUCUAAGUACAUGGAGAUGGUGGCCUCCAUAUGUAUCAUAUCUGUCUUAAUUACUUUAAUACUGGUUGUUGUAUCAGUCAUUGUUAUAAAAAUAUCACCAAGAAGCCAAUAUGUUUUCAAACAACUAUAUAAACUCGUAUACGUAUGCCCAUGCAUGUGCAAGGCACGUGCUUCUAAGGGGAAAAAAAAGGGGGGGGGGGAGGAUGAUGUAUUAAAUGACCAAAGUAUCCCUAUUAGAAAAUGACUUGUGUUUUGCGUAUACUUAGAAAUACGUAUAAAGGAUAGUUUUGUAUAGUAUUUUAUAAAUAUAUUGAGAUUUCUGGUGUGAAACUUGCAUAUAAAUAUGCAUAUGGUGAUUAUUGGUUCAUAUGACUCAUGUUUGUGUGUUUGGAUUUGAUGUUAACUCAUGUACAUAAACGAAUAAGAUCUUUAUG